GCGAAGGGCGAGCUUCCCGCUCACAAGAGAGCCCGGGGAGGUAGAGCGCGAGCGUGAGAGAGAGCGGGAGGAGGUUCAUGGGUAUGCCGCAGUAGAUAGCGGAGCGAUCCGCCUUCGACGAGAGGUUCUUCCGUACAUACAACACGAGUCCAGUCGCUCCAAAGAUAAUAAUAAUUCAUCACUCUGCUCCUGUGUCUGCGCGCGCGCCCACCCACUCUCAGAUGGUACUCGCCGGUGAUUAGCAAGCGCUAUUGUACUAUUGAUUCCUCUGUGUGUUGUUCCCUGUGUUCUUCCUCCGCUGACGUCUACAGUGACGCGUGCUGACUGAGCGACCAGAGAUUCUUCAGAUACUAUUGGAAGAGUUCUCUCUCUCGCUCUCCCUCUCUCGACGUGUGCUGGUCGCCAUUGUCUCUAUCCGUGUCUGCUCAACAUCGUUCUCUCUCUCUCUCUCUCUCUCUCUCUCGCUCGCUCGCUCGCUUCCACAGUGAGAGCAGCCGCCGGAUCGAGUUGAUCGGACGGUCAGCAAACAGUGGGGGCCGAGAGAUUGCAAGGACAGGAUGUCGUCGCCAAGCAAACGGAGAGAGAUGGACGUCAUGAAGCUGAUGAUGAGUGAUUAUAAGGUCGAGAUGAUAAACGAUGGCAUGAGUGAAUUCUUCGUGGAGUUUCAUGGGCCCAAAGAGAGUCCUUAUGAAAGUGGGACUUGGAAGAUCCACGUAGAGUUGCCGGAGGCGUACCCAUACAAGUCGCCGUCAAUCGGCUUUGUAAAUCGGAUAUUCCACCCAAAUGUCGAUGAAAUGUAAGGGAGUUGCUUUGGAUUUUGUCUGUGGAUCGUCUCUCCUUUGCAUGAACUUUUUGUGGCAGUGUUGUUUCAGGAAAUAGCCCACCUUUAGC